UAGUGCGACAAACAAGGGGAUACAAUUUGGCGGCAAAAGCAUGUGUUUAUCAUCCUCAACAUUGUAACAUUUCCAGCUUUUAUAAUGCCACUAACGAGAGAUCCCUUUCCUUUUCCUAAAACUGAGAACGACUACUCAUUGACUGGGGCAAGGCAAUGUCAGAAAGAGCCAUUUGAUAAACCAACUCACAUAGCUCAAAAUGACGAACCGUGGAGUCGCCUAAAUGACAGGGCUACUCUAGCCAGCAUCAGAAGGACUGUCCGGUAUCAUGACCGGCAGGCACCUAAAGACAGCCUAGACUUCCAUCUGAAAUCAACCUAUGACCACCACCAGGAGUUCCUCAGUAGUAAGAACCAGACCUUAUACCAGAGGGAGACUUUUACUGACGACCAUGGGAGGACUCUGAAGAACCGUGGGAAACAUGAAGCGGCCUUGUGUGAAACCAAGAAAGAAGUCAAAGUAUGGAUGAACUCACAGAAGUCUUCCAUCUACAGCAUUGAGGGAACAAUUGAAUCUCAUCACAACGCCUCUACUAACAGGGGAUACUCCAGGAAGCACGAUGGGGGAUUCUACUCCACCUAAUAAUACUGUCACACAACUCACUCAGUGGGCAAUGGACAUCACUCAACUUCCAGUGAACUACCCCCUACACAAGAUCAUUACUAUAUUACAGUAUUCAAGUCGCUGAAACAUCUUAAAAUAAGCAUUCCUUAACUUUGACAGCAUAUUUGUUGAGUGGUGGUUGCAUUUUCAGCACACAAGCCAACCGUUGUGUGAAAGUAUGAACCUUAGAACAUCAAAAUGUUUGUUUGGUUGCACAUUGAUCAAAUGUUUGUUGCCACCUAGGCUUUUUUGUUUUAAUGGGGAGGAAGCAGUAGGGCCACUGAAUUUCUGCUAUAAAACUAACCUGGCA